GCUAUGCAUUUAGGAGUAUUUUCCUACUAUUUCCCUACUUGGCAAAUUAUUGUUGAUAGUAAUGUUCAUUCGUCCUGAUUAUCUUAAUAUAGAUGGACUUGCAAUUAUAGUAAAAAAAUACAGGGAAAUAUAUAGAUUAAUAAAUAUAUAAGGAAAAUAAGAUAUAUUUUGUUUUUAACAAGGAUCACAAUUAGCGAUUUGUAAAGAUGGGUGUGCUUUUUCAAAUUAUAGGGUCUGCAAUUGUAUGUUCCCUUACCAUGAGCUCAGGAAUUAUGUUCGCGUGGCCAUCCUCCACCACCCUGCUGUUCAGGUCUGAGAACACGACUCUGAACAGGCCAAUGUCCAGCGGCGAGAUCGGUUUGUUGGGGAGUCUGUCCAGUGCUGGGGCGCUGGCUAGUACACCAGUUAUAGCGAUGAUGAUAGAUAAACUUGGGAGGAAGAACUCUUCGAUGCUGUGUGGCUUGAUGAAUGUGAUAGGCUGGACAAUGAUCGCUUUUUCCCGGCAAGUGGAAGUCAUCAUGACUGGUAUCUUCAUCGGCGGAUUAGGGGGGGCAGCCUUCCUCAUCGUGGCCAUGUACGUCGGGGAAUUCUGCCAGGAAUCCAUCAGAGGAGCCAUGUCAUCUGGCUCGAUGGUUAUGUACGGAGUGGGUAUACUGCUGGCGUAUAUAACUGGGGGUUUGCUGGAUUAUUGGACUAAUGUGUACGCUUGUUUGGCGCUGACGGUCGUGAAUCUUGGACUGCUGAGCUGGUUGAAGGAGUCGCCUGUGUUUCUGUUGAUGAAGGGGUCGGAGAAGGACGCCGCAAUCUCCAUAGCCUUCUAUCGAAGAAUAAAGCCAUCUUCUAAGGAAGUCGUGGAAGAAUUGGACAAAUUGAGAAGAAUUAUCAACCCUGAAGAAGAAGAAAUAACUGCUGAAGAAGAAAAAUUAAAGCCAAGAAUUGAAAAGCAGGUGGAAAAGUUUAAUCUAUGGCAGUUCUUCAAGAAAUCACGCUCAACUCGUCGAGCCCUACUCAUCACUGUCAUCCUCAUGACAGCGUCCAUCUUCCAAGGUCUGGUGGUAGUCCAGGUGUAUGCCGAACCGCUUUUCAUCAAGACUGUACCAGAAAUGCCGACAACCGUAGCUACAGUUAUUUUCGCCAUCAUCAAUGUGUUAGCCGGAUUUUUGGCUGCUUAUUUGACAGAGAUUUGUGGGCGGAAGCCACUAAUAGUCUACCCGUCCCUCGGCGCGGCGGCGUGCUGUUUGCUCUGUGGCCUGCAACUCUACACAUCAUUCGGUCCCAACUGGCUCAUACCACUGUUUAUAUACGCAUUCGCAACGUGCUUCGCUCUGGGAGCCGCCACGGUGCCCUUCGUGUUGUUAGCUGAAGUUUUCUUACCAGAAGUGAAAAGUUACAUGACGAUGAUGAUAGUGGAAUGGACUUGGCUUUGCAACUUCCUGAUCCUGAUCGUAUUCGACCCGCUCAUGAACGCCAUCGGACUGGGGCCGGUAUUCUUCAUAUUCUCCAUCACCUGCUUCGUCACAGCUGUCUUCAGCAUCUUCUUCGUCCCUGAAACUAAGGGCCUGCCUUUGGACGAAAUACAAAGGUUGUUGGUACCGAAGAAGCAUAGAAUUAAUGUUUAGAAGUGAAUUUUGUGGGGUUGCCAGUGCGAUUUUAGCGCUAUGUAUGUGUGCGAAUUUAGCGCCACGUAUAAAAGAAUACAGGUUUUUCGAUAAUCCCAUGAGGACUAUAGCUUUUACUGGGAUGA